AUGCAGAUUUUCGUGAAAACCCUCACGGGGAAAACCAUCACCCUCGAGGUGGAACCCUCGGACACCAUCGAGAAUGUUAAGGCUAAAAUACAAGACAAAGAGGGAAUCCCUCCGGACCAGCAGAGGUUGAUCUUCGCCGGUAAACAGUUGGAAGACGGUAGGACCCUCUCAGACUACAACAUACAGAAAGAAUCCACCCUCCACCUGGUACUGCGGCUGAGAGGAGGAGCCAAGAAACGCAAGAAGAAGAACUACUCCACACCCAAGAAGAUCAAACACAAGAAGAAGAAGGUCAAACUAGCGGUGCUUAGGUUCUAUAAGGUGGACGAGAACGGUAAGAUCCACCGUCUGAGGCGCGAGUGUACGGGCGAGCAGUGCGGCGCGGGCGUGUUCAUGGCGGUCAUGGACGACAGACACUACUGUGGCAAGUGUCACUCCACCAUGGUGUUCAAGGACGAUGAGAAGUAA